AUGAACACGUUGUUGUUGCCUUACAAUCUUACUGGACCGAAAUGGCUGGGUAAGCGAAUUGCUAAUGUCUUCUGGAGAAAAUUAUGGAGACGUCCUACGCCUAACAAGAUGAUUCAGUCCUUAUUUGAAGAUUUUUGGACGAGUCUGGCAGGUUUGCCAGAAGACAUAAAAGCUCACUGUGAAGAGCUUAAUGAAAAAAUACGCAAUGAUCCAUAUAUGAAGGAAAUACUCGUACCGAGAGACUAUGGGCCCCAUAGAGAACCGUUAGACGAUGUUGACUGGUUUAGGUACUGUUAUGAUCAUAAUAUUGUAGAGAAGUUACUAAGUCCAGAAUACGACCCAGCUAACUUAAUGAUUGAAGAAGCCCAGCAUAUAGAAACUAUUGAAGAAGCCCAACAUAUAGAAACUAAUAGCGAUGAUGAAGAUGAUGAUGAGUCAAUUGUUUAUUACACUGCUAGAUGUGGUGACGUGGAGGGUUUGAAGAAUGCUAUACUUUGUGGCGUCAACAAAGAUAUAAAAUAUUCAAAAGGAAUAACACCUUUACAUUUAGCCUGCCAAUACGGUCAGGUUAAGUGUGUUCAAGUUCUUAUUGAGUUUGGAGCCAAUGUGAAUGUUGUGGAUUAUAACAAAGCCACUCCUCUACAUUAUGCAGCUGAUUAUGACCAAAAAGAGUGUGUAACACUUCUAUUAGAGAAUGGAGCUUCUGUAUCCUUGCAAAACUUGUAUGACAAGACGCCUAUUCACAUUGCUCAACAAAAAAACUAUGAACACGUUCUAAAAUUACUGGAGGGGGUCUUCUUAUGA